AACCGACUGCGAAACAAAGAGUAAGGGCUAAUUAAAAAUCUGAGGUUCACUACUGAAACACAUCGAGAAAAGAAGAACAACAACAGCAAAAGAAUAAUCACAAAGAUGGCUUCGGCCAUGGUUUUAGAUCCACCAAAAUCCAUAGAACCACCACCAUCAUACUCAUCGAUGGGAUCUGAUCUCAAAAACCUCUACGAACAAUCGAUGACCUACGAUGAAGAAGAUUUGUAUGGUCGUCUCAAGUAUCUUCAACGACAACUCGAAUUCAUCGAUAUUCAAGAAGAAUAUAUUAAAGAUGAACUCAAAAAUCUCAAGAGAGAAUUACUUAGAGCACAGGAAGAAGUUAAAAGGAUUCAAUCAGUUCCUCUUGUUAUCGGUCAAUUUAUGGAAAUGGUUGAUCAAAAUAAUGGGAUUGUUGGUUCAACUACUGGUUCUAAUUAUUAUGUUAGGAUUUUAAGUACUAUUAAUAGAGAACUGUUGAAGCCUUCUGCUUCUGUUGCUUUACAUCGUCAUUCAAAUGCUCUUGUUGAUGUUUUGCCUCCUGAAGCUGAUUCAAGUAUUUCUUUGUUGUCUCAAUCUGAGAAGCCUGAUGUUUCUUACAACGAUAUUGGAGGUUGUGACAUUCAAAAACAAGAAAUACGUGAGGCUGUUGAGUUACCACUUACGCAUCACGAGCUAUACAAGCAGAUUGGUAUUGAUCCACCUCGGGGUGUUCUGCUUUAUGGUCCUCCUGGUACUGGUAAAACUAUGCUUGCCAAAGCUGUUGCAAAUCAUACAACUGCUGCUUUCAUUCGAGUGGUUGGUUCUGAGUUUGUGCAGAAGUAUCUAGGAGAGGGUCCAAGAAUGGUUCGUGAUGUUUUCCGUCUUGCGAAAGAGAAUGCUCCUGCUAUCAUCUUUAUUGAUGAAGUAGAUGCCAUUGCUACUGCUAGGUUUGAUGCCCAAACUGGAGCAGAUAGAGAAGUUCAGCGUAUUCUCAUGGAGCUUCUGAAUCAGAUGGAUGGAUUUGACCAAACCGUGAACGUUAAGGUCAUAAUGGCAACUAAUCGUGCUGACACAUUGGAUCCUGCACUUCUAAGACCUGGUAGACUUGACAGAAAAAUUGAAUUUCCUCUUCCUGAUAGACGACAAAAGCGACUGGUGUUCCAAGUAUGCACUGCAAAGAUGAACUUGAGCGAUGAGGUAGAUCUCGAAGACUAUGUCUCUCGUCCAGAUAAAAUCAGCGCUGCAGAGAUAUCUGCUAUUUGUCAAGAAGCUGGAAUGCAUGCUGUCCGCAAGAACCGAUAUGUUAUUCUUCCCAAGGAUUUCGAGAAGGGCUACAGGACGAAUGUGAAGAAGCCAGACACAGAUUUCGAUUUUUACAAGUGAGAAGGUUUGCCAGUAAAGAAACUUACAGAAGUGCGCUACGAAAAGCACUGGAAAAAUUGACAUGUGAAAGAGUGUUGGGACAGCUUUUCGCUUCCCAACCAGAGUAGUCGUAGUAGUGGGCUGGGACGGCCUUUCUGUUUGAUUUGUUAAAACUUUUGCAUUCCCUAAGAAAUAGCAAUGGUCUCUCAAACUUACUUUUGUAUUUCUUAUUUCAAGGAUUGCCAUCUCCACUGCUACCCUUUUCAUGCACAUCAUUUAUUUGUAGUUCUAUAUACAAUAUGUACUUGUUCAUUUGAUGGGUGCCGCUUAUUAAAGUUGGAUAUUUUUUUAUUCA